AUGGCCAUCGCACAACCCGCAUUCUCGUGCCUCUUUCUUGAUGGGGAGGAAUUUGUGGUUGCUGGUGACUUUUUGGUCUACAAGUUUCCCCUCUGGUCUUGGCAAAAGGGAGACGCGAAGCCUCGUGAACAUUUGCCGGCUGACAAACAGUAUCUGCUCUUGCAAGGAGCACCAUGCCCUCGAAGAGCAACCGCUCUAGUCUAUACGGAUGCCGAGGAAGAUGCAGAACGGCUCGUGUCGAUGGAGGGUGGCAAAGAGGACGAGUGGGUACAGACUCAUGCUGGUAGAACCGCACCAACGUCGCAUCCGGAUCAUAUCGAAGAUAUUCCAGAUGAUGAUGCUCUUGCUGCUGAUUUGCAGCACAUGAACAUCAAAGCUGACGAGAUCCCUGAUAUGGAAGAAGAUGAUCUGGAAGAUGCUAUGAACAGCAACAUCGUGCAGCAAUCAAAGCCUGCGCCGGCGGAAGGUACCAAUAGCAAUAUCCAGAAGACUCGAAAGUACGACGCUAUGAUUACAUAUGACAAAUAUUAUCAAACUCCCCGUCUUUGGUUGCUGGGAUAUGACGAGGAUGGCACACCCCUAAAGCCAAAGCAAGUCUUUGAGGACAUUUCCGCAGAUCAUGCGAACAAGACGGUCACCAUCGAGCCAUUCCCGCACUCUACAUCAUUAACCCUUGCGUCGGUUCACCCGUGCAAGCAUUCAGAGGUCAUGAAGAAGGUGAUCGAACGAAUGAAUGCUGGAAUGAUAGAGGAGCAACGCAAAUCGAGCAAGUCACCCUCUACCGCGACCGCUAGUACAAGCACAAGCACAAGUUCAGGCGGAACAAAGAAGUGGAUCGGAGGUGCUCUUAGGCGAGUCACCGGUGGAGGCACAUCCUCUGCUGCCGAGAAGAGCCCUACACCGACUGAAGCAGAGAACGAGGAAGGCAUGAAGGUCGAUUGGUACCUUGUGGUCUUCCUCAAGUUCUUGUCCUCUAUCGUACCAACUAUCGAACUCGACUCUACAAGCGCAUUCUAG